AUGCAUAGAUCUGCAGCAUACAAUGGCAGCUGGGUCUGCCAGCCACAAAGGCAUAUAAGAAAUAGAGGUGUCUUUUAUGGUGAUAAUCCGUUCAAUUUCGCAUCUCUUAUCCUUUAUACACAGCUCUCCUUAUCCGCCUUGCUCACAGCCUUCUUACAGUUGAUUCUGACCCCACUCGGUGAAAGUGCUUUUAUUUCACAAAUGUUGGCAGGUAUUGCACUGGGACCUUCGUUUCUGGGAAAAGACAAUUCAUUCAGACGUACGGUGUUCCCCAUGAAGAGUUUUUAUGUAAGUGAAACGUUUGCGUUCUUUGGAUGCAUGCUCUUUAUGUUCCUCGUUGGAGUUAAAAUGGAUUUGAGCAUGGUAAAAAAAUCAGGAAAAAGAGCACUGGUCAUUGGCUUCUGUGCUUUCUUUGUGCCGCUAAUGCUAAACAUAACCUUUGCUUACCUUUUAGAGCACAAGAUCACAAUGGAACCCAAUCUACGUAAGUCCUUAAUUUUCAUUGCAGCAUUUCAGUCCUCGAGUUCCUUCCAUGUCAUUGCAUGCCUUUUAGCUGAUUUGAAGCUUCUGAAUUCGGAGCUUGGCCGACUAGCCGUGUCUUCUUCCAUGAUCAGUGGGAUAUGCUCUUGGAUUUGCUCAAUUAUCACAUUCACGGCAAGGCAAAGCUCGCUAAGAAAGCAAGCUAGUUUCCCAUGGAUGGCAUUAAUGUCUUUAGGCGCCAUGCUGAUUAUCAUAAUAUUCAUCUUCAGACCCAUUUUUUCAUGGAUGAUUGGAAAAACAUCUGAAGAGAAAGAACUGAGAGAGAGUCACUUCUUCUCCAUCUUUGUCAUGAUAUUGGGGUGCGCGCUAUUUGGUGAGGUGAUUGGGCAGCAUUUUAUGUUGGGGCCUAUGGUUUUAGGCUUGGCAGUACCAGAUGGACCGCCGCUAGGAUCAGCGUUAGUCGAUAAGCUUGAUUCCUAUGUUUCGUCCAUUCUCUUGCCAUGCUAUUUUAUGUUCAGCUGCGCCAGGAUAAAUCUUUCUUUGAUAAAUAUGAAGGCUGCUGGAAUCGUGGAGAUGUUGGCUUUGUGUAGCUUACUGGGAAAACUUAUGGGAACCAUGUUGCCUUCGCUCUAUUACGAUAUGCCUGUCCAAGACUCCCUCAUCUUAGGCCUAAUCAUGAGCGCCCAAGGCAUCACUGAUAUUCUAAUAUUACAACAGGGGAUGCUCCUCCUACUUAUUGACGAACAAUCAUAUAGCAUCAUGGUCAUAUCCGCCGUUGUGAUAACGGGAACCAUCACUCCCAUGGUGAAAUUACUCUACAAACCAUCCAGGGGAAACAUGUCCUUCAGAAGGAGGAGGACCAUCCAACACGCCACGCCUAAUGCGGAGCUCCGUUUGCUGGCUUGCAUCUACCAUCAAGACAUCACUCCUUCAAUCAUCAAUCUUCUCGAAGUCUCUAAUCCGACACCCAAAAGCCCCAUCGGCAUGUACGUCGUCCACCUCAUCCAGCUAUUGGGCAGGUCAUCCCCACUCCUCAUAAUGCACAGACAGGGCCAAAGGAAUUCCGUCCACUCCAACCAGUCCGACCACAUAAUAAAGGCUUUCCAACUGUACGAGGAAAUGAUCAACAGCGACACCGUUUCCGUGAACGCAUUUACAGCCAUUGCGCCGUACGCAACAAUGCACGACGAGAUAUGCAGCCUAGCUAUAGAGAAGAGAGUGUCUAUGGUGAUCAUCCCUUUUCAUAAGCAAUGGAAACCGCAUGGCGCAGAGGAGUCGGCGGACAAACCCGUAAGAAGCGUCAACCUCAAAAUUCUUAACAACGCUCCAUGCUCUGUCGGAAUCUUUGUUGAUAGAGGGACGUUAAGUGGGAAUAUUAAGACUAUGAAAAGCAGGCCUUUCUAUAGUAUCGUGGUGAUCUUCGUGGAAGGGGCAGAUGAUCGGGAAGCAUUAGCAUACGCUAUGCGCAUGGCUGAACACCCCGAUGUAAGCCUUACAGUUAUACAGUUUCUGAUCGAGGCUAAAAGAAAGGGCAAGAAUUUGGUAAGUAGGGAGCUCGAUAUUGAUAUGAUCGACCAGUUUAAGAUGGCUACCAUGCACAAAAUGCGUCAUUUGUAUAGAGAAGAGGUGGUGUCUGAAAGCAUGGAAGUGAUCAAUGUGAUUCGGUCGCUGCAAAAUCUUUAUGAUCUAGUUUUGUUGGGAAGACGGCAUGCAAGUAAUUCACCAUUGUUCAUGGGACUGACAAUGUGGAAUGAGUUUCCUGAGCUGGGGUCCUUGGGGGACAUGCUGGCGUCGUCGGACUCCAAUUGGGAGGUUUCGUUGUUGGUGGUGCAACAACAGACUUGUGGAGGUGAAGACAUGGCUAGCUUCAAGUGCCCCAUGGAAGACUCAUUUGCAGUCGAUAUGUCCCGAGCUGCGGGGAAAGUGCGGCCAGUUUCCUCCCCGGCAAAAAGUCAAAAAUAA